AUGUCGCUCCUGCGCUGUCCAUCGCUCAUACGCUUGCGUUCGCGGCCGCAGACGCGUCGUCUGUCGACACAUGGCCACCCGUUUGUGUUCGAGUCGCGUCACGAGUACAUGGAGUACCUGCAGACGCACCAGAGCCGUCUGCCGUGGGGCUUCUCCGUGGCCACCAGCAAUUUUGACUUUGUCCCGCAGGAAGCGCCCCACCUCCCGGCCAAGAUGACGCUGACGCUCAUCAAGCCCGUGAAGCCCACGUCGCUGUUCGCUGCUGUCUUCACGCAGAACGCUUUCCCUGGCGCGCCAGUGCUCGUGGGUCGAAAGCGGCUGCAGGAGCCGAAACUCGGCGCUAUUCUGAUCAACAACAAGAUCUCGAACGUCUGCGCCAGUGGCGGUGGGAUAACGGACGCUGAGGAGGUUUGCGAGAGCCUGGCCAAGCACUUGAGGCUGGAAGCCGGCUCGCAGGUACUGCCCUGCUCGACGGGCGUCAUUGGCUGGCGCAUCCCCGUGGACGCCAUGGUGGCAAAUCUCCCGAAGCUCGUCAAUAAUCUUCAGUCGGAUUCGGUGCUACCUGCUGCGGAGGGGAUUAUGACUACUGAUCUGUACCCGAAGGUGCGCUCCAUGGACGUCUGUGGCGGCCGAAUCGUCGGCAUUGCCAAAGGAGCCGGUAUGAUUGAACCCGACAUGGCUACGAUGCUGUCGUACAUUCUCACGGAUCUGUCGAUUCCUCGAGACGUGUUGCGCCAGUUGCUAAAGGAAGUGGUCGGAGAUACGUACAACUCCCUCAGUAUCGAUACGGAUCAGAGCACGUCGGAUACAGUAGCGCUUGUGUCGUCGGACAUGAUCCCCUUUGACAUGAAGCAUCUGGACGAGGUCAAAAAGGCACUGUACGAGGUGUGCCUCGGACUUAGCGAAGAUGUCGUGCGGAACGGUGAGGGUGCGCACCACGUUAUUCGGGUAAGCGUGGGUGGCGCAUUGACGAAAGAGAUGGCCAAAGGCGUCGGCAAGUCCGUGGUGAACUCGCCUUUGCUCAAGUGUGCAGUAGCUGGCAACGACCCGAACGUGGGCCGUCUUGUUAUGGCUGUGGGGAAGUACAUGGGUCUCCACCACAAGGACGUAAACAUUCAGCGCCGGAUGAAGGUCUAUAUGGGCGGCGUGCUUAUUUUCGAGAACGGGGAAAUGGUGCUGAACGACGACAUCGAGGCUAAACUAGUGGCCCACAUGCGUGACGCCAUGCUGAUCGAGCCUACGCGCGGCGGACUCGACGCUAGUUCGCACAACUACCCGCCACACGGAAAGUUCGUUGAGGUUGACAUUGACUUGGGCAUUGGAUCGGAAGCGACGCAGGUACUGGGCAUCGACCUUACCCACGAGUACGUGGCCAUUAACGCCGACUACCGCUCGUAA